UUGCGCCAUUUUAGGCAAGAAACGACUCGUUCUGCGUGAGGAGAAGACACGUCGGGUAUUGUGUGGACCAAAAUACACAAACUACUACGAGGAUAUUCGAAAUUCAUGCACGAAGAUUUCUACAGAUACACACAGAGGGUUUUUGGGUUAAACUGAAUGCGAAACUGAGGUGAACAAUGACACAGUUUCUUCCCCCAAACCUGUUGGCAUUGUUUGCACCGCGGGAUCCGAUACCGUUCCUGCCCCAACUUGAGAAGCUUCCCCAUGAGAAACACCACAAUCAGCCGUACUGCGGAAUUGCCCCUUUCAUUCGGCAUUUUGAGGACCCCAGAGAUGCCCCACCACCGACAAGAGCAGAGACACGGGAGGAGAGGAUGGAAAGAAAGAGAAGAGAGAAGAUGGAAAGGAGGCAAGUAAUGGUGGAAACCGAGCUAAAGCAAUGGGACCCACACAACGAUCCUAAUGCUCAGGGAGAUGCAUUUAAGACCUUGUUCGUGGCUCGAGUUAAUUAUGACACCACAGAAUCCAAGCUGCGUCGUGAGUUUGAAGUUUAUGGUCCAAUCAAACGGAUCUACAUUGUGUACAACAAGAAAACUGGAAAACCAAGAGGCUAUGCAUUUAUCGAGUACGAACAUGAGAGAGACAUGCACUCUGCCUACAAGCAUGCAGAUGGUAAAAAGAUUGAUGGACGUCGAGUCCUUGUAGAUGUUGAAAGAGGACGAACAGUCAAAGGAUGGCACCCUCGUAGACUUGGUGGAGGUCUUGGUGGUACAAGGAGAGGCGGGGCCGAUGUUAACAUCAAACACUCAGGCAGAGAUGAUGCCUCCCGAUAUGAUGACAGACCAAUUGGAGGUGACCGGGAUCGUAGGGAGCGCAGUCGUGAAAGAGACCGAGACAAGGAACGUGGAGAACGUCGGCGCACUCGUUCCCGAGAAAGGCGCAGGCGCACCAGGUCUCGUGAACGAGAAAGGGGCAUUGGUGGUCCAGUGGAGGAGAGUGCAGGCAGCAAUCGUCGUCGGGACAGGGAAAGAGAGCGAGGUGUUGCUGGAGGGAGCAGAGAAAAAAGUAAAGAUAGAGAAAGAGACCGCAAGAGGAGAAGCAGAAGCAGGGACAGAAAGAGAGACCGGGAAAGAGGGAAGGGUGCAGAUGGAGGUGAAGAGGGUGUGGGCGGGCUAGCUGAUGGUAUGGUGCCAGAAGGAGGAGAAAGGGGUAUGGAGGACCCCUUGGCUGGUGUACCAGGACGUGGGGAGGAGGGAGGCCCAGAAGGAGAGGAGAGGGGUAGGGAGAGAGACAAAGAGAGGGACAGAGAACGGGAAAGGAAGCGCAGCCACAGAGAUAAGGACAGGGAUCGCGACAGAAGGCGAGACCGGGAUAGAGAUCGUGAGCAUAAGCGUGACAGGGGUGAUCGUGACCGUGGAGACCGAAGGGAAGACAGACAUGUAUCCUCCUUGGGCGAUCAGGAAGGUGUGGGUAAUGGCGGUGAGGAGGGUGAAGAGCCAGUACCACCACAAUCAGAGGAAGGCUCACAGGAUGGGAUGAGGAUGAUGAUGAUGAUGGAUCAGGAUUCCAUGCAGUCAGGAGAGGGCUAUGCCUCCAAUGAGAAUGGAUACAGGAUGGAGGCCCAGGGGGAUGAGUACUGAGAGUUCCAGAUAUUGUGAAUGAUUCAAGGUCAUCCAGUUGUAAUGUUUAUUUGAUUCACAAAUGUUCUCUCCCUCACCCUUUAUUUAAUGCCUCCACUCUUGCUUGCACUAUGUCCACAUUGGUGUGUGAGUGUUUUACUGUACUACAAACAGCUAUAACUGAGGGAGCUUGGUGUCUCUGGUAAGAAGUGUCCUUUUUGUUAAAAGAUUGCUUGGCUGAACAUUUUUUAUUUUUAACCCAGUUGACUUUUGGGUGACUUGGUUUUCAUGAAUCAUUAAAUAACUAGCUUUAUGACUCAUUUCAAUUCCCUGUCUAAAAUAAACUUUGUUACAAGUAACUUUGUUGCUGUGUAAAGAUCUCUUGACUGUGGCACUCUGUAUUUUACUACAGUGUAGAAUAUUCAAUAGAGGAUAGGUAAUUGUGAAAUCAUUUUGGGUUGUUUAGUACAUUUAGAUUAAGGCUGUUUAAUUGUUGACUACAACAGUAAUUUCUUGAUGGUUGGUUUAAACGCAAUCUGAACAAUGUUUGUUUUGUUGGUCAUUUUGUCCCUAUUGCAACUACAAAAAAGACUUGUCCUGUACAUUUGUUUUAUAUUUGGAACAAUCUGCGGAUCCCAUACAAAUUAAACGGCGAUACAAAUUUUACUGAAGGGGGAAUUAUAGGAACAGUUCAUCCAAAAAAAUGUAAAGUUCUCAAUAUUUACUCACCCUUAUGCCAUCCCAGAUGUGUAAAGCUGUCUUUUCACCACAAACAGAUUUUUAGAAGAAUAUUUCGGCUCUGUAGGUUCUCACAAUGAAAGUGAAUGGUGACCAGAAUUUUAAAAGUCCAUAAAAGCACAUAAAGCCAACAAAAGUAAUUCAUAAGGCUGCUGUGGUGAAAUCCAUAUUUUCUGAAGGGAUUUUAUAGGUCUUCGUGAGAAACCGAUCAAUAUUAAACUUUUUUUUUUUAUAAACCCAACACAUUCUGGUGUGAUGUGACUUUCACAUUCAGCCAUCUACUGGUUGUGACCGGUCCAAUGUGGAGAUUGAUUUUUUUUUUUCUCACUCAUACUUGUCUUAUAGCAUAAGAAGAUAAGGAUUUAACCUCUGGAGUUUUAUGGAUUCCCUUUUAUGUUCUUUUUAGACUUUCUGAGUUUUGUUCACCAUUCAUUUGCAUUGUAUCGACCAAUAGAGCUGACAUUUUCUUGUCUUGUGUUCUGAAGAAUAAAGUCAUACACAUCUUUGAUAUCAUGAGAGUGAGUAAAUGAUGAGUGAAUUUUCAUUUUUGGGUGAACUAUCCCUUUAAAGUGUGGUUUAUAAUUGCAAACCACGUUUACGAACAAAGUCUGGUUUUAAAAUAGAUAUGUUUGCCAUGGGUUCACAAAGAAUCUCUCUUAUAUUGUAUUUUCUUCUUUUGAGCCCAUUCCU